CUCAUGCUUAAGAUUGUUAGCUGUAACUUGUAAGUAGAAGUAGAUUUAUAGAAUGAGCGAGAAGCACAGUGUGGGUCGAAUGACGCUGAGCGAGUCCGCAGCGGCGUUCGAAUCGUCGAACGUGAGGCUAUUUAAAACUGUGCGCAAGCCCCCUGGCGCCGAGUCGACGACUAAUGAUCAGUCCUGCCUUGUCCUCUAACGAGUGCGUAGCGACACCGUGAACUGUGUUUACACAAAACGUUAUCCAGCUAGUGUUUAUUUAGGUUCGACAGUUUUCACACUACACACACGUGAAAAUGGCUGACAGUGGACUUAAGAGGAAUAUACCCAUCAAGCUUGGAGAUUUUUCUGUAAUUGACACCGAGUUUUCUAGCAUACGAGAAAGAUUCGACGCCGAAAUGAGAAAGAUGGAAGAAGAAAUGUGCAAAUUUCGAUCGGAGUUAAUGAACAGAGAAAGUAACAAUUUCUUCAAAAGUUCAACAAGUACUACCACAUCAACACAGCACAGUGAUAGCAGACAGUUGGCUGAACCCAGUCAUUGGGACAGUUUGAACUCUCCCCUCAUUCAAGAUGAAGGCGACGGCAAAUCACUCAAACUCAGAUUUGACGUCAGCCAGUACACGCCUGAAGAAAUCGUCGUGAAGACAGUCGACAACAAAUUAUUGGUUCACGCCAAACACGAAGAGAAAUCGGAGACCAAGUCGGUGUACAGAGAAUACAACAGAGAAUUCCUCCUACCUAAAGGCACAAAUCCCGAGGCGAUCAAAUCGUCUCUGUCCCGAGACGGAGUGCUGACGGUGGAGGCGCCCCUGCCGCAGCUCGCUAUCACCGACAGGAACAUCCCCAUUCAGAAGCAUUGAGGCAAAUUGUAGCGGUCUUCGACAGCAGCUAUUCCAUACUACUGUUAAUGAUAAUUUAUUAUAAUUUACAAAUUUACUAUUAAGGAGUUUUGGAGAAUUUCAGAUAUUUAUUUUGAAUCUUAAAUAUUAUGAAUCUCAUCGUUUAUUAACACGUAUAUUGUUAUCGGUUGGAUUUAUUUAAAAAUUAUUUCAAUUUUUUUUCUGCAUGAAUUUUGUGGACAACAGCCGCGAUUCGCACCGUUGCGAUUUUGCUUUAGUCAAUGCUUUCACUGUGAACGUUAGAACUUCGUCAACAUAAAUAUGUAUUUGUGAUGACGCUUUUUAUACUCAAGCGGCAUGCUGAUGCACCGUUUAUAACGAUUAUUAUUCACGUGAUAUAUCUGAAUUUCUAAAGAUUCAAGGGCCUACGACUGCUUAAAAUGGAGCUUAAAAAACGUGUUCAGUGAUAAUAGUGCAAUUAGUACCACCCGUACUUACAAAAAAUAUUAAAGUAAGACACAUUCUACGACAUUUAUGUGUUUAAUAUCUAUUGAUGAAAGUCUAUUCAUCCUAACAUUAUUAUAUAGGCAACAAUAACAAUAGUAUUGCAUCCAGCACACAUGUUAACAGCUUUUAACUGAUAAACAUUUAUAUUUUAGUACAAACAGUUGUUACGAAAAUUGUAGAUGUCAAUAAAAUGCAAAAAACUA